CUGUAUUCUCGAACCGCUUGAAACGUUCGCUGCCUCCGCCGCUCCACUUCAAGUUCGUCACACUCCCACCACACACACGCACUAGCAUUAUGGGCAAUCCAGUUUGGUUUAUCUUCUGGCUGUUGGUCUUCUGGUUCAUUUCAUUCUUUGUUGCAUUCUUCUGCGCCUUCUUCUAUGUUAUACUCUACGUAAUUGUGGUCUGCGUUCCUGGUUUGUCGGGCAUUACCGACAUGCUGCUACAAGGCCUCCAAUUCCCCCAUUAUUGUGCCAAGGCCAUGCUGGAAUGCAAACCCGCAUGCUAGAACAAUAUUUUCUCUUUCUAUAUCGUUAAGUAAAAUAUUUAUAAAAGAUUUUCAAACCACUGGAGUUUUAUAUUAUACAUUUAUAUUACAAAAUAAAAUGAUUAAAAUAUUUUAA